GGGUGGGCCCCCCCACUUUGAGCUCUUCGCUCGGCGCGUCCCCGCCGCCCCCCGGUCCCGGCGCGGGGCUCGGGGAUGCCCGCCAGCAUGUUCAACCUCGACAGCAUCCUGGCCGCACAGUCGAACGCGCGGCGCGGCAAGGCCCGGGGCCUGCCGGUGGCGCCCAGCGCCGCGGCUCCGGUCGUCUUCCCGGCCCUGCACGGGGACUCGCUCUACGGCGCCAGUGGCGGCGCCUCCUCGGACUAUGGCGCCUUCUACCCACGCUGCGGGGCCGUCCCGCCGCUGGGCGCCCAGCAGUGCUCCUGUGUCCCGACGCCCCCAGGCUACGAGGGCCCCGGCUCGGUGCUGGUGUCCCCGGUGCCGCACCAGAUGUUGCCCUACAUGAACGUGGGGACGCUGUCGCGCACGGAACUGCAGCUCCUCAACCAGUUGCACUGCCGGCGGAAGCGGCGGCACCGCACCAUCUUCACCGACGAGCAGCUGGAGGCUCUGGAGAACCUCUUCCAGGAGACCAAGUACCCGGACGUGGGCACGCGUGAGCAGCUGGCCCGGAAAGUGCACCUCCGCGAGGAGAAAGUGGAGGUCUGGUUUAAGAACCGCAGAGCGAAAUGGAGGCGGCAGAAGCGGUCCUCGUCCGAGGAGUCGGAAAACGCCGAGAAGUGGAACAAGACGUCCUCGAAGGCAUCGCCCGAGAAGAGGGAAGAGGAAGGUAAAAGCGAUUUGGACUCGGACAGUUGACAGCCGCGGCCAGCCGUGGCUCUUGGCGAACUCGAAGGACUUGCACAGACAGACGAUGCUACUUUCUUGCACACGGGCUGCCUUGCGGGAGGGCUUGGAGAAAGGAACGAGGAGCUGUAAAUAGUGUACAGAGCCCCAAGUCGGCGCCUGGGGUCGGGGCGGCGAGAGGCUCACG